AUGGCGGCGCCGGGCGCCGAGGGGGAGUACGAGUCGGUCCUGUGCGUCAAGCCCGAGGUCAGCGUCUACCGCAUCCCGCCGCGGGCCUCCAACCGCGGCUACCGAGCCUCUGAUUGGAAACUGGAUCAGCCAGACUGGACUGGACGACUCCGCAUUACCUCUAAGGGCAAAACUGCGUAUAUAAAACUUGAUGACAAAGUUUCAGGGGAGCUUUUUGCUCAGGCCCCGAUAGAUGAGUUUCCUGGCCUCGCUGUGGAGACGGUGACGGAUUCCAGCCGGUACUUUGUCAUCCGGAUUCAGGAUGGGAACGGGCGCAGUGCAUUCAUUGGGCUAGGCUUUGGAGACCGGGGUGAUGCCUUUGACUUCAAUGUUGCUCUGCAGGAUCAUUUCAAGUGGGUGAAACAAGAGACCGAGAUCUCCAAGGAAUCCCAGGAGACUGACAGCCGUCCCAAGCUGGACCUGGGGUUUAAGGAAGGACAGACCAUUAAAUUGAAUAUUGGGAACAUGCCAACAAAGAAAAGUGGGGCGACCAAGCCACGUCCAGCGGGAUCAGGGGGGCCAAGCCUGCUCCCGCCACCUCCUGGGGGCAAAGUCGCCCUCCCUUCUGUCCCACCUCCACCCUUGGCUGCCAUUUCCAAUCAUGUCACACCACCCCCGGUGCCGAAAUCCAGCAGCCUGGGCAACGCAGAUAUCUUGCUGGACUUGGAUUUGCCUCCUCCUGUUGCGAAGGUGCCUGAACCUGCUGCUGUUCCAGCCACCACAGAUCUCUGGGGAGACUUCAGCGCGGCAUCCAGCCAGCCUCCCCAGCCAUUCAACUGGGUGCAGUUCUGAAGGACUGUGAAGUA